GGCAAACACAUAGCAUUCGUAUCUACUGAAGCAGUGAUGGCUAGAGCAUUACUUGACUGCAUAGCUUAUACAAAUACUGUAGAGGCUGAAAUAUCAUUCGAAGUUACAGGCCACUUCAAUAUAGUUAUAGCUAUUACAAAUAUUGCUACUCCCGUUCAUGUUGAGGCUCUUGCACAAAUGCUUUAUCAAAUUCGUGAUUGUUCUCAUCAUAUUAUUUCUGUAUUCUAUCAGAAAAAUUCUAAUGAACUUUUUCGACCACCAGCAUUUAUUGAAGUUGAGCAUCAGAAACAUCUUUCUGCAAAAUAUUUUAUAGAGAAGUUUUGUAGUCUUAUAGCCAAUACUGGAAAUCGUAAAAAGAUUCGUAAUGAAGUUAAGGUUGAAGCAUUAGUUGUCAAAGAAACAGAUUUCAAUGCAGUUGCUAUUUUCUGGAACCUUAUUCUUAAAGAAGCAGAAAGCCUUAAGUUUGAUCAAGAAUGCUCUAUCACAGAUAUCACAGAUACUAUGAUACUUAAACGAUUCUACAUGCAAAAUAUUUAUAGCUGUAAAGAUAUGAGUAAUGAUAACUGGAAUAAUCUUUGCAAAAAGAAACAAGGAUGCAAUGAAGAUAGUGCAAUAGAAGGUUUAGUUGUUAAAGACUUUGCACAGUAUGAGGAUACCUAUUUUAAAGCUGAAAAUAAUUUUGAAAAAUCUGUAGCAGAAGACUUGCAAAAAUAUUAUUCAGAAAAUCAUUGGAAGGUUAUAAGGGAACUCUUUCAAGUAUUAGGCUUUACUGAUAUUGAUGACAGGCGUAUUCUUUCUG